AUGAAGUGCCAGAGAGUCCUCACCUACCUGCGGAUAAUUGGGACCACCAUGUUCGGCGUGUCCCUCCUGGUGGGAAUCUCCACGGCCUACAUCAUGGGUUACCAGUUUUUCACCACAGCACACAAUCACCUAUCCUUCGGCCUGUAUGGCGCCAUCUUGGUGGUCCAUCUCAUCAUCCAGAGCCUCUUUGCGCUCUUAGAACACCGAAACAUGCGGCGUUCCUUGGAGACGCCGAUCAAACUCACUAAGUCCUUGGCGUUGUGCAUCGCAGCGUACCAAGAGGACCCAAACUACCUGAGGAAGUGCCUGGUGUCGGUGAAGAGGCUGACGUACCCGGGGAUCAAAGUGAUCAUGGUGAUUGACGGGAACGCAGAAGAUGACUUGUACAUGAUGGAUAUUUUUAAAGAGGUCAUGGGUCGGGACAAGUCGGCCACAUACGUGUGGCGGAGUAACUUUCACAGCAGGGGGGCAGAGGAGACGGACGAGAGCUACGCUGAGAGCCUUCAGCAGGUCUCCAGGCUGGUGCUGAACAACAAGUGUGUGUGCAUCAUGCAGAAGUGGGGAGGCAAGAGAGACGUCAUGUACACAGCCUUCAAAGCUCUGGGGAGGAGCAUUGACUAUGUGCAGGUGUGUGACUCUGACACUAUGUUGGACCCGGCAUCAUCAGUGGAGAUGGUGAAGGUUCUAGAAGAAGACCCUAUGGUGGGAGGUGUUGGAGGAGAUGUGCAGAUCCUGAACAAAUACGAGUCGUGGAUCUCCUUCCUAAGCAGUGUGCGAUACUGGAUGGCCUUCAACAUUGAACGGGCUUGCCAGUCCUACUUUGGUUGUGUGCAGUGUAUCAGUGGGCCUUUAGGAAUGUACCGGAACUCUCUUCUGCACGAGUUCCUUGAAGACUGGUACAAUCAGACUUUCAUGGGAUCCCAUUGCAGUUUUGGGGAUGAUCGCCAUCUCACAAACAGAGUUCUAAGCCUUGGAUAUGCAACCAAAUAUACUGCUCGAGCAAAGUGCCUCACUGAGACGCCGAUUACAUACCUGCGGUGGCUCAAUCAGCAAACACGAUGGAGUAAGUCAUAUUUUAGAGAAUGGCUAUACAACUCCAUGUGGUUCCACAAACACCAUCUAUGGAUGACCUAUGAGGCUGUAAUAACGGGCUUCUUCCCAUUUUUCCUCAUCGCCACCGCAAUCCAACUUUUCUAUCAAGGAAGGCUUUGGAAUAUUCUUUUGUUUCUGCUUAUUGUGCAGGCGGUAGCGUUGAUCAAGGCAGCGUUUGCCAGCUGCCUCAGAGGUAACAUUGUCAUGGUGUUCAUGUCAUUCUACUCAGUACUUUACAUGUCAAGCCUGUUGCCAGCUAAGAUGUUUGCAAUAGCAACAAUCAACAAGUCUGGAUGGGGGACCUCUGGCAGAAAAACCGUAGUGACGAACUUCAUUGGUCUGGUUCCUAUAUCAGUUUGGUUUACCAUUCUCUUCAUUGGGAUUAUCUACACAGUAAUCCUGCAGUCUAGAAAACCCUUUCCUGAUUCAGAAAAGAUUGCUCUGGUCAUCGGGGCAGUCGUCUAUGCCAGUUACUGGGUCAUGCUGUUGACGUUGUAUACAGUGCUCAUAAAUAAGUGUGGGAAGAGGAAGAAGGAACCCCACUAUGAUAUGGUGCUGGAUGUUUGACUUACU